UGUUGAAGGCAUAGAAUGGCAGGCCGGACCGUAGCGACCAACUGGACAUGUGUGCGCAUUGAAUUGAAUUAAAAAAUCGACUUUUGGUGGACUGUGUGUGUGUGUGUGUGUGCAUGAGUGUGUGUGUGUGUGCAUGUGUGUGAGGGUGUGAGGAAGAGGAGGAGCCAUGCCGCUGGUGAAGAGGAACAUCGAGCCCAGGCACCUGUGCCGCGGGGCACUGCCCGAGGGCAUCGGCAGUGAACUGGAGUGUGUGAUGAACAACACACUCUCCGCCAUCAUACGUCAGCUCAGCAGCCUCAGUAAACAUGCAGAGGACAUAUUCGGGGAGCUGUUUAACGAGGCCAAUACUUUUUAUCUGCGGGCGAACUCUCUGCAGGACCGCAUCGACCGCCUCGCAGUCAAGGUCACUCAGCUGGACUCCACAGUGGAGGAGGUCUCUCUUCAGGACAUUAACAUGAGGAAGGCUUUUAAGAGCUCUACCGUGCAAGACCAGCAGGUGGUAGCAAAGAGCAGCAUUCCCAACCCUGUGACAGAGAUGUACAACCUGAGUGACAAACCUCCACCACUCAACAUCCUCAGCCCUUACAGGGAUGACAAUAAAGAGGGCUUGAAGUUCUACACCGACCCCUCAUACUUCUUUGACCUGUGGAAGGAGAAGAUGCUACAGGACACAGAGGACAAGAGGAAAGAGAAGAGGAGACAGAAGGAGCAGAAGCGCUGUGUGGAUGGGACACUGCAGCGGGAGGUGAAGAAGGUUCGGAAGGCCAGGAACAGGAGGCAGGAGUGGAACAUGAUGGCAUUUGAUAAGGAACUGAGACCUGACAAUCGCCACACACAAUCACUGCACAGAGGAGGGUCAUCUGAGAACUCCAUGUCCCCAGAAAACAGGUCCCAUGGCCAGGACUACAUGGACCACCACCAUCCCACAAUGCCUAACCAUGCUGGCCACGCCCACACCUACUCAGGCCCGCCCCCUAGCAUGGCGGCCCUGUCAGCACAUGCCCAGAUGAGUAUGGAGCAGGACUACAGGGGCGGGAACAUGGCCUACCGAGCUGGUACACUGGGCCGUCCACACCAAGCCCCGCCUCUGCCACCUCCAGCGGACGCAGUGAAUGGCUCCUUGCCUCUCCCUCCGGUGGACUACAGUAUGGACUAUAUGAACUCCGGGCCACCCCCUCCUCCCUCUGCCCCUCUGAUUCCGUCAGCUCAGACGGCCUUCGCAAUGAACCCACCAACAGGCUACCUAGGACCAAUGAGUACAUCUGGUGGCUAUGCCCCGCCUGCUCCUCCAGCCUCUGGACCAAUGGCUGCUCCUCCUCCACCAGGGCCCCCGCCUCCUCCUCCUGCUGCCGCUCACCCUGCCACUGCUAAAAUGCCCUCUGUGCCAAGCGAGGCCCAGCCAAUCAGUGAUGCCCGCAGUGAUCUCCUCGCAGCCAUACGCAUGGGUAUUCAGCUGAAGAAGGUUCAGGAACAGCAGGAGCAGCAGGCGAAGAGAGAGCCCGUUGGUAACGAUGUGGCGACCAUCCUGUCCCGUCGCAUCGCCGUCGAAUACAGUGACUCAGAAGACGACUCUGAACUGGAGGAGAAUGACUGGUCUGAUUAGAGCACUCACACACACACACGCACGCACGCACACACACACACACACACGCACACACACACAC